AUGGUGGUGCCUGGCUUGCUCGAGAGCUUGUCUGGAGCGCAGCCUGGCAGUCGUGUCAGAAAGUCAGAAUGGCGUUCAGCCCUGGAAUUUAUCGUGGAGAAGAUGGGUGCUGAGAACUUACGCAUCACACAGCUUCGCUUAGGCACAGCCUUGCUGUGGAGCAUCGUCACCUGCUGCACCAUCUACCGCUGCUGGGACAUGGCGCAGCUGCGAUGGGUUUUGAUGUUUCACCACCUAUUGGCUGCUGCUGGGCUGGAUGAGGGCUUGCUGAUGUCCUUCUCGGCCUCGGAGCCGUUUCUCCAGCGGCUGCUGCAUCCAGGCUCCCCGGUGACGCCCUGGAUGCCAGGGCUGCUGCCGCGGACGCAGACGGUGCUUGGCGCCUGUGUCUAUGCCAGUUUUCUGCUGAUGGCGAUUUUUCAGUUGAUCACCUACCGAGUCUCUGACAAGGACGUGAUGAUCUUCACUGGUGUUUUUCUUCUUGCUUGCACCUUUGACCGUGGAUUAUUUCAUUCGACACGACCAUCAGAUAUUCUGAAGUUUUUGGUCUCAACCUUGCUGCCUGGGUCUGAAGUCAACACUUAUGUGCUGCUGGCUUGUUUGUACUUUUGGUCUGGUAUGUACAAACUAAGGGGAUUCUUUCAUGGAUUCGUGUUCCAGUACCAGUUCUUGAAUUUCUCAGGCAUCUCAUGGUACCUUCGCAACUUCUACCUCACCAAGGACUAUCUCCCGCGUGCUGAGUUCCGUGCCUUUGGUGCACUGGGGACUUGGAUUGAAAUGCUGGCGGGCAUCGGCAUGAUACUGACGGCUCUGCCUGGCUACGGAGAGAUCUUUGUUUUGUUGGCCGUGGCAAUGCACGUGUUCAUUUUCUUUUUUGGCAUGGGUCCCUUCCGCUGGAAUCUGAUGACCUGCUACAUGCUAUUGGUGUCCUCCAAGCUUUGCAUGGAAGGUAAGAUGGGUCCAAUGGACUCCAUGGAGCCAAGUCAUCCUGCCAUGGAACUGGCUCCUGCAUCCAUGGCCUAUGUGGCCUUUUUUGGUUUGGUGAUUCCAAGCAUCGGAUGUUUGGAUCCGGAAACCCUGGGACGAUACCUUGGUGGCUACCGUAUGGCCACCUUCCACUUUGCUGGCAACGAGAUGUACCACGCCCUGCUGAUCUCCAAGGCAGCACUGCCAGAGAACCAGACCUCAACCGGCUCCAUACAGCGGCUGUUGCGGCAGCGAGCCCAAGAGUAUGAUCGGGUCACCGAGGACCUGGAUCUCUUUACGGCGCUGUUGUACUCUGACGGCCUAGACGUGGAAGGCGCCUUGCGCCGGGGCUGUGGACGGGUAGAACCCACCCUCGACUUCGAGGACUUCGACCAGAAGUACAUGUUCGUGCCCAUCACAUGGCUGAACUGCCGCGGGCCGUUGCUGAACACCAAGUGGGAUGAAUCCUUGCCCAUCACUGAUAGCUUCGUGGAGCUUGUGCUGGAUGCCCUGGGAUAUGCCGAAGCUCAGCUUCCUCGAGGUGUGGCCCUUCUUUUUGUGGCACAUGCGGUGCCAUGGCUCGGCGGACAGAGGAAACGUGUCGAGCUAUUCGAUCUUGCGGACUCCAAAUGGUCAGACCGACGUUGGUGCGAAGAUGCUGCGCUACCUUGGACUUUGCUUGCACAGGCAGCAAGCCAAACCACGAACUGCAGUGAUGCUAAAGUGCCACUGCUUUGA